CAGAGCGCAGGCCGACCGCUCCAGCCGCAGCCGGCGGGUCCCGGGCGCCUCCCGCCGGAGCCCGGCGCGGGCAGGGUCCGGGCCGAUGGGCAGCCCCGGGCAGCGGCGGGCGGCGAGGCGGCGACCCCGGUACGCGCCGCCGCGCGCUCGCGGGCUGUAGCAGGUCCCGGCGGACUGCGUCUCCGAGGUAAAGGAACUGGCCAGAUGUCUUAAGGGAUGCUUUUGAAAAGGAGAGAGGUGUUCAAAAUUAUUACAGCAACUGAGAAGCAAGUUGGUUUUGGAGGAACUGUACUCUGAGGAUGUUUGCUUCUAUACAAGUAUAGAAGAAGCCUUUGUAAAUAACAGUGUCAUUGGAUUUGCAUCAGUCUUUCCGGCGAGACUUGGAGCUUCCUGCCUCAUCGGCAGACGUGAGUGACCCCAGGCAGUCACAGGAAGAGCAGCAAAAGGUCGGCAGAGCCUCGUCGAAGUUCAAGGGUCCUCCCAGAAUCAUGCAGUCCGAUGAUUAUUUUGCUCGAAAAUUUAAAGCCAUCAAUGGCAACAUGGGACCCACCCCUUCCUUAAGUGCUUCCAGUUCCAAUGAGAACGGUGGUCCGGCUAACGGUACCCCGGCCGUGCCCAAGAUGGGUGUCAGAGCAAGGGUGUCUGAGUGGCCUCCUAAAAAGGACAGCUCCAAGGAGCUGACCUGCAAGGCCCUGUGGGAAAGCCGGUCACAGCCCAGCUACGAAAGUGUCACGUCCAUUAUGCACAACGGGCAGAACAACCAGAGUGAGCGCCAGCAAGAGGAACCACUCGACCUCGACUUCGUGGAGGCGAAGUCUACCGUCGGAGACAUCUUCGUUCACUCUCCACAAAGAGGACUGCACCCCAUAAGACAGAGGAGCAACAGUGAUGUUACCAUCAGUGACAUCGACGCGGAAGACGUCCUAGACCAAAAUGCAGUGAACCCCAAUACCGGGGCCGCCCUGCACCGGGAGUACGGGAGCACGUCUUCCAUCGACCGGCAGGGCCUGUCGGGGGAGAACUUCUUUGCUAUGCUCCGAGGCUACCGGCUAGAGAACUACGACCACAGGGUGAUGGCCCCGUUCGGGUUCCCCGAGUUUUUCCCCUGCGACCCUGCGAUCUCCCCCAGCCUUCACGCCGCAGCACAGAUUUCUAGAGGCGAAUUCGUGCACAUCUCAGGAUUAGACUAUAUGGACAGUGCCCUCCUCCUGGGGAGAGACAGGGACAAGCCUUUCCAACGGAGGUUGAAGUCGGAGUCCAUGGAGACGUCCCUCUUCCGCAAGCUGCGGACCGUGAAAAGUGAGCACGAGACGUUCAAGUUCGCCUCUGAGCUGGAGGACGGGCGUCUGGAGAGGGGCGUCCGCCCUUGGAACUGCCAGCGCUGCUUUGCACAUUAUGACGUCCAGAGUAUCUUGUUUAAUAUCAACGAAGCCAUGGCCACGAGGGCGAACGUGGGGAAGAGGAAAAACAUCACCACCGGGGCCUCGGCGGCAUCCCAGACCCAGAUGCCCAUGGGCCCGACGGGCAGCUGUGACUCCCCGCUGGGGAGCAAAGAGGACCUCAACUCCAAAGAGAACCUGGACACGGACGACGGGGAUGGGAAGAGCAACGACCUGGUCCUCAGCUGUCCCUACUUUCGGAAUGAGACAGGCGGGGAGGGCGACAGGAGGAUCGCGCUGUCCAGGGCCAACUCGUCUUCCUUCAGUUCCGGGGAAAGCUGCUCCUUCGAGGCCUCACUCAGCUCUCACUGCACCAACGCGGGCGUCUCGGUCCUGGAGGUGCCCAGGGAGAACCAGCCGAUCCACAGGGAGAAGGUCAGGCGCUACGUCAUCGAGCACAUCGACCUGGGGGCCUAUUACUACCGCAGGUUCUUCUACGGCAAAGAGCACCAGAACUACUUUGGAAUUGAUGAGAACCUCGGCCCUGUGGCAGUCAGCAUCCGGAGGGAGAAGGUGGAAGACCCCAAGGAGAAAGAAGGGUCCCAGUUCAACUACCGGGUGGCUUUCAGGACGAGCGAGCUGACAACCCUGAGAGGAGCGAUUUUGGAAGAUGCCAUACCCUCUACCGCCAGGCAUGGGACUGCACGGGGACUCCCUCUCAAAGAAGUCCUGGAAUACGUCAUUCCAGAGCUGAGCAUCCAGUGCCUGAGGCAGGCCUCGAGCUCACCCAAGGUGUCGGAGCAGCUGCUCAAACUUGAUGAGCAAGGGCUGAGCUUUCAGCACAAGAUCGGGAUCCUGUAUUGCAGAGCCGGCCAGAGCACCGAGGAGGAGAUGUACAACAACGAGACGGCCGGACCAGCUUUUGAAGAAUUCCUCGAUCUGCUGGGCCAGAGGGUGCGGCUGAAAGGAUUUAGUAAAUACCGGGCUCAGCUGGACAAUAAAACUGAUUCUACAGGAACGCAUUCCCUGUACACGACGUACAAAGACUACGAGCUUAUGUUCCAUGUGUGCACCAUGCUCCCACACACGCCCAACAACAGGCAGCAGCUCCUGAGGAAAAGGCACAUAGGAAAUGACAUCGUGACCAUUGUUUUCCAAGAGCCUGGAGCACUUCCUUUUACUCCAAAAAGCAUCCGGUCCCACUUUCAACAUGUCUUUGUCAUAGUCAAAGUGCAUAAUCCAUGCACUGAAAAUGUGUGUUACAGUGUUGGAGUUUCUAGAUCAAAAGAUGUGCCACCAUUUGGUCCACCAAUUCCCAAAGGCGUAACUUUCCCAAAGUCAGCAGUAUUCCGGGACUUCCUUUUAGCGAAAGUAAUCAAUGCAGAAAACGCAGCCCACAAAUCAGAGAAGUUUCGAGCGAUGGCCACUCGGACGAGGCAGGAGUACUUGAAGGACCUGGCGGAGAACUUUGUCACAACCGCCACCGUGGAUACGUCCGCGAAAUUCAGCUUCAUUACCCUGGGUGCCAAGAAGAAGGAGAAAGUAAAGCCCAGGAAGGAUGCCCACCUCUUCAGCGUCGGCGCGAUCACGUGGCACGUUGUGGCGCGGGACUUUGGCCAGUCCUCGGACAUUGAGUGUCUCCUUGGGAUUUCCAACGAGUUCAUAAUGCUGAUCGAGAAGGAUUCCAAGAACGUGGUCUUUAACUGUUCCUGCAGGGAUGUCAUUGGGUGGACAUCUGGGUUAGUGAGUAUCAAAGUGUUUUACGAACGAGGAGAAUGCAUCCUUCUGUCCUCGGUGGACAACUGUGCCGAAGACGUCAGGGAAAUUGUCCAGCGAUUGGGGAUCGUGACCAGGGGCUGCGAGACUGUGGAAAUGACCCUGAGGAGGAACGGGCUCGGCCAGCUGGGCUUCCACGUGAACUUCGAAGGAAUCGUCGCAGACGUGGAACCUUUCGGUUUUGCGUGGAAGGCCGGCCUUCGUCAGGGCAGCCGCCUCGUGGAGAUCUGCAAGGUGGCCGUGGCCACGCUGACGCACGAGCAGAUGAUCGACCUUCUCCGGACCUCGGUGACUGUGAAGGUAGCCAUCAUCCAGCCCCACGACGACGGCUCGCCUCGGAGAGGGUGUUCGGAGCUCUGCCGGAUCCCCAUGGUGGAGUACAAGCUCGACAGCGAGGGCACCCCCUGUGAGUACAAGACCCCCUUCCGGAGGAACACCACAUGGCACCGAGUGCCCACGCCCGCCCUGCAGCCCCUGCCCAGGGCCUCCCCGGUGCCCGGCACGCCUGACAGGCUGCAGUGCCAGCCGCUGCUCCCACAGACCCAGGCCGCCAUCCCACGCAGCACCUCCUUUGACCGGAAGCUGCCCGACGGCACCAGAAGUUCACCCAGCAACCAGUCCUCCUCCAGUGAUCCCGGACCCGGCGGGAGCGGACCCUGGAGACCACAAGCUGGAUACGACGGGUGCCAGUCUCCCCUGCUGCUUGAGCACCAGGGCUCCGGCCCUUUGGAAUGUGAAGGGCCCAGGGAGCGGGAGGACGCCAUGGAAGGAAGCAGACACCCCGAAACCAAAUGGCACGGCCCACCUCCCAAAGUCCUGAGCUCCUAUAAAGAAAGAGGCCUGCAGAAUGAUGGAGGCUGCAAGGAUUCCCCCAAUAAGCUUUCUCAUAUUGGAGAGAAGAGCUGCCCCAGCCAUUCCAGCAGCAACACACUCUCCAGCGACACCUCUGGCAACAGCGAUGACAAGCACUUUGGGUCCGGGGACCUGAUGGACCCCGAGUUGCCGGGCCUUACGUACAUCAAGGGCGCCUCCACGGACAGUGGCAUCGACACGGCCCCGUGCAUGCCCACCGCGGUCCUCGGCCCCAUGCACCUGGCAGGCAGCAGGUCCCUGGUCCACGGGCAGGCGGAGCAGUGGGCUGACUCGGACAUCCCGGGGCCCGACGACGAGCAGGCCAAGAUGUACGCGGUCCACGGCUAUGCGCCCAGCAUCUCCGCCGGCCAUGCUGCCGACGGCAGCCUGGGCGACCUCAGCGAGAUCUCAUCCCACUCCAGUGGUUCACGCCAUUCAGGAAGCCCCUCAGCUCACGGUUCCAAAAUUAGUGGGUCUCUGGAUACGUCCAAAGUGUACAUCGUGUCUCACAGCAGCAGUCAACAGGCCCCGGGGUCCGUGUCCAAGGCCUACCACCGGCAAGGGGCCAUGAACAAAUAUGUCAUCGGCUGGAAGAAAUCGGAAGACAGCCCGCCACCCGAGGAACCCGAAGUGGCUGAGUGUCAGGGGCUGUAUGGUGAGAUGGGUCUCCUGUCCACCGCAGCUCAGCAGCAGGCAGUGGUGGGAGAUGAUGUCUCAGAAACUCAGCACGUGCUCUCCAAAGAAGACUUUCUGAAAUUGAUGCUUCCCGACAGCCCCUCCGUGGAGGAGGGGAGGAGAAAGUUUUCGUUCUAUGGGAACCUGUCCCCACGCCGCUCGCUGUACCGCACCCUCUCGGACGAGAGCAUUUGCAGCCACCGGAGGGGUUCUUCCUUCGGCAGCUCCCGAAGUUCCAUCCUUGACCAGGCCCUGCCCAGUGACAUCCUGUUCAGCACCACCCCGCCCUACCACAGCACCCUGCCACCCCGGACCCAGCCGGCGCCCAGCAUGGGAAGCCUGCGGAAUGAGUUCUGGUUCUCCGAUGGGUCCUUAUCAGAUAAGUCCAAGUGCGCAGAUCCCGGCCUGAUGCCCCUCCCGGACACGGCCACGGGGUUAGAUUGGUCCCACCUCGUGGAUGCUGCCCGGGCGUUUGAAGGUCUUGACUCAGAUGAAGAACUUGGGCUACUCUGUCACCACACGUCCUAUCUAGACCAGAGAGUGGCAUCCUUCUGCACCCUGACAGAUAUGCACCCCGAGCAGGACCUGGAAGGGGCCCAGGAGCUGCCUUUAUGUGUCGAUCCUGGCAGUGGCAAAGAUUUCAUGGACGCCGCUGGGGGGCGGUCUCCAUCCACACUGACCGGGAAAGUCAACCAGCUGGAGCUGGUUCUUCGGCAGCUGCAGACCGACCUUCGGAAGGUAAAGCAAUCGAUUGGAAGCCCGUGCUCAGAACUCUUUCUCUCACACAAUCAACCUUUUUUAACUAUUAGGAAUAAAAAAAAAAAAAAGACACUCAAGAAAGAUAACUGCCCUAAUCAAAACCCAACAGUAAAUGGAAAUGGACACUCCUGAGGUCUGAUUCCAUCUUCCUGCCCACAGCUACUGUAUUGCAUUGUAGGGGACACAAGGUCCUGUAGAUCGGACUGAAUGAGGUUGAGCCCUGGAUGGCCAGCCUUCAGAAUGAGGCAGAAAUGCAGAAUGAGGCUAGCGUUUUUCAGUUCAGUGAGUUAUCGGUUGCACCAACAUUUAUGAGCUGACCUAAGAAGAGUUAGUUGCUAUCAGGAAGCCUGGUCUCCCCAAGCUGCUUCCUCCUACUGAGUCAGCGUCUGCUCUACCCAUCACCCUGUACGAGCUUGGUCCUCAAAAGAUGUGAAGUCAUUCAUUCCACAGACAUUUGCUGAGCUCUUUUUGGAUCACCAGCACCGUGUUAUCCGUAGCCGCUUUGCUAUCCGGGGAAAUGGAAUGGAGUGCUGUAGCUGGAGGGUGAUGGUGAGGCCGGGAGGGGCCGUGGGGAGGGUUUUGUUGGUGGAAGAAGGGAGAGGUGACAGCCGGCAUGAACGCUGGUGGAGAUGAUCCAUUUGGGAGGGAAAUAAUGUCCUGAGCCUAACAAAGAGGGAGCUGGCCUGGAUGGGAGUAAGGACCGUCCACACAUAGUUACCAGAGCAGAGUGUGUGUGCAUGUCUGUGUGUGUGUCCGUGUGCAUGCGUGCACACAUGCCUUCAUACACGAGUACAGGCCUACCUCAGAGAUAUUGCAGGUUUGGUUCCAGACCCCUGCAAUAAAGUGAAUAUCACAAUAAAUUGGAUCACAUGAAUAUUUUGGGCAUAUAAAAAUUAUGUUUAUGGUAUACUGUAGUCUGUUAUGUGUGCAAUAACAUUAUGUCUAUAAGAACAAUGCACAUACCUUAAUUAAAAAAUACUUUUUAUGCUAAACAAUGCCAAAACAAUUACAGCACAUUGAAAACCACAGAUCGCCAUAACAAAUGUAAUAAUAAUGAAAAAGUCUGCGAUAUUGGGAGAAUUACCAAGCGUGACACAGAAACAUGAAGUGAGCAAAUGUAAUUGGCAAAAUGGCGCCGAUGGACUUGCUCGGUGCAGGGUUGCCACAAACCUUCAGUUUGUAAAACACUGGUAUCUGCAAAGCAAGGCAUGGCUGUAGUCCAAACAGAGAUAGGUUGGCAAAGUUCCCCUCUGGUUGUUUCUUUAUUCCAGAGCCGAGGGUGAGCGAUGGGAAGGAGGUUGAGAGAUUUAAGGAUGGAGGGUAAGGUGUAGAGUGAAGGAUAAUUGGACCAGAUGUAUUUGGUAAGACUGCAGCAUAAGUUAGGUAUUUUCCUCCAGUGUGGAUGACCAGCUGUCCCAGCUUGCUUGGCAUGGAGGGUUUCCCAGGACACAGAACUUUCAAAGCUGGAACUAAGAACGUCCCAGACCAGCUGGGCCAGCUGGUCACCCUGUCUCCAGAUGUAGGUGUAGAAAAGUUAGAGAGUUGAACUUAACCAAUAUUCGAUUUCAGACAAGAAAUUAAGACCAGUAGCGUUAGACAAGGACCAUUCAGUGUGUAUAGGAUGUGAUUAAACUGAGGGACUCAGAGUCUAAGGUGGGUGAGAAGGAAUAAUGUCAUCACAGGGGGUGUCAGUGGACGCUGACAAUAAGGUAAGAUUGGUAGAUUAGAUCAUUUUUGGAGGGGUGGAUACUGGAGAAAUUAUUUUAGAAAGACAAGAGGCGGUGGUCAGGCAGUGGGAGCUCGAAGCAUUUAGGAAGAUGUGCGGUUAUCAGUAAUAGCUUCAAGGUACAGGAAAUGGCCCCAGGAGGGGGCGUGAGGAGGACAGUUUUCGAGGUCACAAAGAGACUGAAUCAGGUGGAACAUCUACGGCAUCUUAAGAUCAUCAAUAAACAUGAGGGAUGGAGGAAGAAAGAAGAAAGGUGAACCACAUUCUAGAAUCUUCCAUGAUGGAAGGGAGUGGAGAUAUAGUCAACCAUGACAAAGAGCAGGGGUGGCAGGUCUUACAGCCCAUGUCAGGCUUCUCACGGGAGCUGGGAUUUUAGGGGAGAGAAGUUACCUGCACCGGGCAGCCGGGGCGAGGUGUUGACCUGGCAGCCUCCAGGCCCUGUGCUCUUCAGAACAAGCCCUCAUCCCCAGGAGAGAGUCAAGACUCAUGUCUAGCUGAAGAUAAAGGGAAUAUCCAGGGAAAAGCUUGAGAGUUUAGCAGGUUUCGGUGACACAGGACGCAUUCCAUGGGUGGAGUUAAAGGGUCAAGGGGUCAGGAGAGGUGGGCAACUGAGCCGCAGCAGGGCCCUGGGGAUGUCUGAGCCGUGUUGGGAAUGAGAGCCCUGGGGCGUGGGGCGGCCAGGAGCUUGAACCUCUUGUGACUGAGGGAAGUGGGCUGAGUCAGCAAUGAGUUCUAACACCAGCCUCCACUUGGGACCGGUGUCUUUGGUCGAGAGGUGAGAAGGGACAGGAAGUAGCAGCAAAGCUCGAGGGCAGGGCCAGACACGCCGAGGGGGCCAGUCUCCUGAAGAGUCUUAGCCCCCGACACACCACACGGCCGUGGGCACAGGGCUGCAGGUGCCUCUGCGGAGUUAGCCAUCAAGUCAUCUCCCACCGCCACUGUGACAGUGACCCCCCCCUCCCUCUGUCUGGGGCAAGACAUCCCUUUCAGCGUCUGGGAGCUCAAACUUGUACGUUUUCUGUUGCUGUCUGUUGGAAACUCCAGGUCUGAUUCUUAUGAAAAAUCUUUUUUUUUUCCUUAAUACUAGUUGU